CGGGCUUGGGGCCGGGGCGCGCUAUGGGGACGGAGCGGCCCGAGGAGCCGGGGGGUGAUGCCGCCGCCACAGCCGCCGGCCCGAGGCGCGUCGAGGUCCCCCGGCCCCCCUCCAUCGAGGAGUUCACCAUCGUGAAGCCCAUCAGCCGCGGCGCCUUCGGGAAGGUGUACCUGGGCCGCAAGGCGGGCCGGCUCUAUGCCGUGAAGGUGAUGAAAAAAGCAGACAUGAUCAACAAAAACAUGGUUCACCAGGUCCAGGCAGAGAGGGAUGCAUUGGCUCUCAGUAAAAGUCCUUUCAUUGUGCACUUAUACUACUCACUUCAGUCAGCUAAUAACAUCUACUUAGUGAUGGAGUACCUUAUUGGAGGAGAUGUCAAAUCUCUUCUCCAUAUUUAUGGAUAUUUUGAUGAAGAAAUGGCUGUUAAGUAUAUUUCUGAAGCAGCAUUGGCCCUUGACUAUCUUCACAGGCACGGGAUAAUCCACAGGGAUCUGAAGCCAGACAACAUGCUCAUUUCUAAUCAGGGCCAUAUAAAGUUGACAGACUUUGGGCUUUCCAGAGUUACUCUGAACAGAGAGAUAAAUAUGAUAGAUAUCCUUACUACACCAUCAAUGGCAAAGCCAAAGCAGGACUAUUCACGUACUCCAGGACAAUUGUUGUCUCUUAUCAGUUCUCUGGGCUUUUAUUCUCCUGUUGGAAUGAAAAUGCCAGCGCACAAUUCAAGUCAAUCAUCUGACAGUUUGCGUGGAGUGGUUUCUCCCUUACCUAUGGUCCAGAAGGAAAAUACUCCUCUUUCAACUAAAUUAUUCAAAACACAUCUUGAUAAUUCUCAAUUAACGCCUGUGAUGCCAGCAAGAAGUUUGACUCCUACUCUACUUCAGUCAAGAAAGAGGUUUGGUACUUACAGUGUUAGUAGUGAGUCACACACACACCUGUCCAAUGUGGAAUCAGAAUGCUGCAGCAGCCCCAGGCAGGAGAAAGAUGUAGAGCACAGUGAAGAUGAACCUAGUUCUACAACGUGCAAAACAAAUAACAGUGGGUCAGCUGUCCCUUCGAACGUUGAGUUAACAAAUAGCAAAAGUAUUGAAGUUUUAAAGAAAAAAGAACUUGAGUCUGCUGUUUCUCCCAUUGUCAGAAAUGAUUCUGGCUGUAGGCAGAAGUUGGCAAGUGAACAUUCGAAUAUAACAGAUACAUUUUCUUACUAUGCCCUUCACGUCCAGUGUGCUUAUGAGAGUAUUUCUGAAAAGACUUGGGAAGAAAACGUGUGUGUAAAUAAAAGAAAGAUAACCGAUGAAACAGCAGAAACUUCCAAUCCACAACAGUCAUCUUCAAGGCAGAAUGAGCCUUUCAAAGAGGAAGAAAUUUUUGAAAAGCCAGGUGUUAAAAGAGGCUUUGAAUUAGUUGAUACCAGUCCUUGUCAGGAACUUAACUAUGUUAAAAAAAGCAAUGCAGAAUAUAAGCGUGGCUGUCAGAUCUCAGAAUUUGCAGCAAACAAUAGGACGGGUUUGACAACAGAAAUUCAGUCCUUAGUGCUCUGUAAUGAUGGAUGCCCACGUGACACCUGCAAAAGUGAGGAGGAAGUUAAGUGUUCUAUUAGCAACCAGCAAACAGAAAGAUCACUUACUCCAACUAUAGCCAAAAAUCUUAUGUGUGAUCUGGAUGCAGACUACAGAAAGGAUGAUGAAAAGGAGUACAUGAACUCAAGUUUUUUAGACACCGACGAUGAAAAACCUUUAGGAAUCCUCAGUGCAGAUUCUGAUGUAUUUACCGACAUGUCUGUUACAGAAAGCCAUUUAGAAAAGCAGCUUUUAGAUUUGGACAAAAGUGUUAAAGACCUCUCCUUUGAGGAGCCAAAACCUGAAGGUGUGCUGAUAACAUCACCAAAGUCCCAAGAUGCCUCACGAAGUGGAGAGGAAGCACAUACACUCCAGGACUGCAAGCUGUUACAUCAUGAAAAGGAUAAUGACCAGAAACACGGGGAAGGAGCUUACCUUAACACAGUAUCUCCUCCUUCAGAAAAGAUGAUGGAAGCUCUGAGUCUCUUAAAAAAAGGCGCUGUUGUUUUUCGAAGUUAUAAUAGUCCAAUUAAUAUGUCCAAUGUAUCUGAGCCGUGUAGCAUGGCUUCUUUAGAUAUAAUGGAUCUUUCACCCGCUUGUAGUGGCUCUUACCCAACAGCUAUCACUCCAUCACAGAAAGGAAGGCCAUAUCAGACCUAUCAGACACCUCGUCAGGGGGAUGCUGGCACACCAUAUCGGACUCCAAAGAGUGUAAGAAGAGGAGCUGCCCCAGUAGAAGGUGAACGCAUCCUAGGGACCCCAGACUACCUGGCACCGGAGCUGCUUUUGACAAAGCCUCAUGGGACUGUGAUCUCUGGUUCUGCUGUAGACUGGUGGGCCCUCGGAGUCUGUCUGUUUGAGUUUCUAACUGGAAUUCCACCUUUUAAUGAUGAAACACCAGCACAGGUUUUCCAAAAUAUUUUGAAAAGAGAUAUUCCCUGGCCUGAGGGUGAAGAAAAGCUGUCUGAUAAUGCCCAAAAUGCAAUAGAUAUUCUUCUAACAAUUGACACUACUAAAAGAGCUGGACUGAAAGAGCUGAAACAUCACCCCCUCUUUCACAGUGUGGACUGGGAUAAUCUGCAGAAUCAAACCAUGCCAUUUAUACCUCAGCCGGAUGAUGAAACUGAUACCUCUUACUUUGAAGCAAGGAAUAAUGCUCAGCACCUGACUGUGUCUGGAUUUAGCUUGUAGCAUCAAGAUAAGUGAACAUUCUCCAUGGUUUUGCACACUUGCAGGUUAUCUGGUAACACUAGCUUGGUCUUAACUAAGUUUCCUUGCCAAAUUUAGUGUGUUUUACAUGACCAGUCUUUUUAUUAUAGUCUCCUUUAUUCUAAAGUGAAACUGUUGUAUGUAACUGGUAUCAAGUGCCUUUUGUGGGCUCACUGCACCUUACUAAGAAGCCAGAACAUUGAAUGUCUUGGAGCUGGUAACUCUUGACAAUGAUGGGGCUUUUGCAUAGCAAUGAGUAAUUCCAGUUAGGAGGUGUGAUGUUAUUUCCCAGCUAAACAUAAUAUGGAAAGGACAAAAAUGCAUACUAACUGUAUCUAUUGGCAGUUUGCUGUGAUGACAGGCUGGGCUGGAAGCACUCCUUUAACUCUGUUAAAUAAAUCCUCUGCUCAAA